GGGGAAAAGAAGAGGGACGGCUGGACUCCAUUAAGCCAAAGCCUGCAGGAAAACUGUUUGGGACACCUCACUUCUCCGGCGACUUCGUGUGGGAUUUCUCUCUUCUUUAUUAUCUUUUACAGGCCCCAUACAUGAUUUAAAUAGGAGAAGCUUGUCCUGUGCCGUGUAGUCGACUGAUUUAGUGUGUUUUUUCGUCUUUGUGAAGGAUGGCGCUGGAUGGGAUCCGGAUGCCCGAUGGCUGCUAUGCUGACGGGACGUGGGAACUGAAGAUGCAUGUCACUGACCUCCACAGGGACGUGUCGCUGAGAGUCACUGGGGAAAUCCACAUUGGCGGAGUCAUGCUCAAACUCGUGGAGAAACUAGAUGUGAAGAAGGACUGGUCAGACCAUGCAUUGUGGUGGGAGAAGAAGAAGACAUGGCUGUUGAAAACCCACUGGACAUUGGACAAGUAUGGCAUUCAAGCUGACGCCAGGCUGCUCUUCACGCCACAGCACAAACUGCUGCGCCUCCAGCUGCCCAACAUGAAGCACAUGAAAGUCAAGGUCAACUUCUCAGACCGCGUCUUCAAGGCGGUGUCGGACAUCUGCAAAACUUUCAAUAUUCGCCAUCCAGAAGAGCUAUCGCUACUGCGUAAGCCUCGUGAUCCCAAGAAGAAGAAGAAAAAGUUGGAGGAGGCAGAAGAGGAUGACCUACAGCUGGAGGGUCCACUGUUGACUCCUGGAUCAGCCUCUGAGGUAGUGUACAUCGGACCUGUCAAAGGGAGCAUCUACUCCAGUCCAGGCUUGUACAGUAAGACGAUGACCCCCACCUACGACUCCAGGGACGGCAGCCCGCUGUCACCGACUUCUGCCUGGUUCGGGGACAGCCCGUUGUCUGAGGGCAAUCCCAGCAUCCUCGCUGUCAGCCAGCCAAUCUCCUCACCAGAUAUCCUGGUGAAACUGUACAAGCCCCAGUCCCUGCUCGACAAAGCCAAAAUCAACCAGGGGUGGUUGGACUCCUCCAGGUCUCUAAUGGAGCAGGAUGUGAAGGAGAAUGAGGUGCUGCUGCUGAGGUUUAAAUACCACAGUUUCUUCGAUCUCAACCCUAAGUAUGAUGCCAUCAGAGUGAACCAGCUCUAUGAACAGGCCAAAUGGGCUAUCCUGAUUGAGGAAAUUGAGUGCACAGAGGAAGAAAUGAUGAUGUUUGCUGCCCUGCAGUACCACAUCAACAAGCUGUCAAUCAUGGCUUCGGACAACCACAUGAAUAACAGUGAGAAGGAGGUGGAUGAGGUGGAUGCAGCCCUGUCAGAUCUGGAGAUUACUUUGGAAGGAGGGAAGACGUCCAACACACUGGGUGAUAUCACAUCUAUUCCUGAGCUAGCCGACUACGUCAAAGUCUUCAAACCUAAGAAACUGACGCUGAAGGGCUAUAAGCAGUACUGGUGCACGUUCAAGGAUAUCACAAUUUCCUGUUACAAAAGUAAAGAGGAAGCACACGGGACACCUGCUCACCAAAUGAAUCUAAGAGGUUGUGAGGUAACUCCAGAUGUUAACAUCUCGGGUCAGAAAUUCAACAUCAAGUUGCUAAUCCCUGUGGCUGAUGGAAUGAAUGAGAUCUGGCUCCGGUGUGACACGGAGAAACAAUAUGCCCACUGGAUGGCUGCGUGUCGCCUGGCGUCCAAAGGGAAGACCAUGGCUGACAGCUCUUACAACCUGGAAGUCCAGAACAUUCUGUCCUUCCUCAAGAUGCAGCAUAUGAACCCAGACCCUCAGUUCAUUGAGCCAAUCACCACUGAUAUCAACCCAGAAUGCCUGGUGUCCCCACGCUACCUGAAAAAGUACAAGAACAAGCAGCCAGGCUAUAUCAGGGACUUGAUUUCAGCCCGGAUUCUUGAAGCCCAUCAAAACGUGGCCCAGAUGAGUCUCAUUGAGGCCAAGAUGCGCUUCAUCCAGGCGUGGCAGUCCCUGCCUGAGUUUGGAAUCACUCAUUUCCUUGCCAAGUUUCAGGGUGUGAAGCGAGAAGAGCUGAUGGGCAUCACGUACAACCGUUUGAUCCGCAUGGAUGCCAGCAACGGGGAUGCCAUCAAGACUUGGCGCUUUAGCAACAUGAAGCAGUGGAACGUCAACUGGGAGAUCAAGAUGGUGACGGUGGAGUUUGCAGACGAGCCCAGUCUGUCUUUUGUCUGCGCCGAGGUGGACUGUAAGGUCGUCCAUGAGUUCAUCGGUGGCUACAUCUUUCUGUCCACGCGUGCCAAGGACCAGAACGAGUCCCUAGAUGAGGAGAUGUUCUAUAAACUGACCAGCGGCUGGGUCUGAGCUGCAGCAACAACCCAGGGGUCAACAAUUGUAGGUCAGGGGGCCAGGAAGGGAGUGGUGAGAGUCUGUGUGGGGGUGGAACUGCAUUGUAUGGGUUUAUUUUAUUCUACUUUUCUCAGUCUUUUUUUUUUUUUAAUUGUUUGGAGAUGUGCUGAAGAGUCAACUGUUCAUUUGAUCAUUUGUUACAACACUACUCUGUGGUGACUGCAGUCCAGGUGAACUCUGAACUCAAACUCCUGUGGUUGAACAGAAGUCUCAUGCAAACCUGACACAAGGUGUUGGUCUGUUUAACCACGUCCACCUGCCUCCUCUCUCCUCCUGGACUGACGGCCGUCAACUUGCGUCCACAACUUCCCUUUAAAACCAAUCAAACACCAAAUGUUAAUCCCAAAGAUCCUCCUUCUUUUUGUUACUUUUUGUCUUGCUGUCCUUUUCUCUCGUUCUUCUUUAUCCGGACUAAAGGAACUGACGUUUAACAGUUAUUAAAACAUACUGUGAUAUAGUGCCACAGAUACCCACACUUUUAAUUAUUUAUCCUGAAAGAUGGACUUCUUCAGUGAGUCUAAUCCAGAGGGUGAACAGCAGCAUACUGUACAUCCUGUUCACUCUAUAUGAAGGUUUUAAUCUCCACUCCAUUGAAGUCACGUGUAAGCACUUGUGCAGUAUCCAGUCCUGUUUAUGAAUAAGCUGUUUUUUUGUUUUGUUUUUUGCUUUCGUUGUUUGUCGUCUUUAUUUCAGACGUGGAGAGUCCAGACUCAUCAUAUUCACUGACAGUUGACACUUGAAAGUCUGAGGUUUGUAUUUAAUAGACCGUAUGUGAGGACACGCUACACAGGGACGCGUGUCUUUUUCGUUGUUAUAUCAGCAGCCUACAUUACAUUGUUACAGCCUUCAUUCUGUCCUUUUUAAUGUUUCCUGAAAGCAAGUUUUAAAAACUCUGUUUGGAACUAAGUGCACGUGUAUUUAAAAUGUCUCACCCCAUUGGCAGUUUUUAAUUUUUAAAGAUAUUUGUUUAAUCCAAAUUCAAGGCAGUCUCCUGUUGAGACUUUUAAGGUUUUUUUUUUAUUUUCUCACUUGAAUGCGUCCAAAUGCUUUCAUAUUUAGUGGCGUGCGUCUCCGGCUGUCUGUCUGUUCUGACCACACAAGAAGGGAAAUCACGACACACACUACAUAUCACAAGGCCUCCCUUUUGUCCUUGUGCCACCAUUAACUUUAAUUGCCUUUCUCACACCGUAUAGUAUUAAUAUUGUUGUUAUUCUUAUCUUUAUCAUUACACACCAGCAAAAAAGGUCACUGGGUUUGAAGAAUGAAUAUGCAAACGUUCCUCUCUUCUCUCCUCAGUAUGAAGGAUCAGUUAGUUAGUUAGAAAGUAUUGUUCUUUUUGUAACUAAUGUAAAAACACAAACGUUUUAUAGAAAUUGUACAGUUUUUUUUUUUUUGUUCUUCUGCAUUUUCAGGGUUUGGAGGUUUUUGCUUUCAGAAGUAAAAGGGGAGGGAGGGGCAUCUGUCGACCUGUAGUAUUCAGAACUGUGCCUGCUUAUGUUGUGGUCUUACUGAGUUUUCAGAUGAAGAUAUAUAUGAAUAUACUAUAUGAAGAUAACACUAAUCUCAAGCUCCAGGUUUGAAGAUGUUUGUCGAGUACAUAUAUUUUUUUUCUAAAAAUCCAGAUACGUAUGCCUUUUUAAAUGUUUUUUUUUUUCUUUCUUUCUUGUAUCAUUGCUUAACUUUAUUCAUUUCUGCUUUCUCUUCCACCACUCGCGGCUGAAAUAUCUGUGGCCCCGAGUUGCAUUUUUAGCUCAUUCUUUAGACCGACCGCGAUACUUUCUGUGCAUUAAUGCUCAGCUUCACAUAAAUGUCUGGUAUUGUCACAAAUGAAGUGUGCCAUUUAAUAAUGUCCAUAUGAAGGAGACACAUUGUUAAGAGCCUGGAGUUUGAGACAAACCAACAAAAAAAACAAACACAGGUAAGAGGAAAUCAAGCCUUGAUGUUUUUUUGUUUGCCUCCAGUGUCAGGAGCAGCAGUGCAUGUCCUGCUGCUCUGUUUUCUGACUGUAAAAAUGCAUUUAUUUUAAAAAAUAAAGUAAUUUUUAUUUA